AUGAUAGCGCUUCGCCUCGCCGCCUCUCUCCACCUCGCCGCGCCCAGGACUUCCGCCCUCGCCGCGCGCCAGUCUCUUUCCGCGCGCGGUGUAGUAGCGCCGGCAGCGGCUGGGCCAGCGGCGCUGCGCGCGCAGCGGCUCCGCGUUGUUGCGCAUGGCGGUUCUGCCGGCGGGGAUUGGCGCGGGGGACGGACGGGCGGACGUAUUGCGGGGAGGGCGGAGGAGUUGGGGAGGCGGCGGAGUGUGGUGACUGCUGCUGGCGGCGACGCGGAGGGUGAGAGCAGUCCGGAGGAGGAGGCAGCAUUCUGGACUCGAAUCCAGGAACACCAGCAAGCAGUGCCAAAGCUGUCACCUGCAGAGGAGGCGAGGACGGUCGUGGACAGAUGCACUAGAGGAGUGCUCUCCACCUACUCUCAGAAGUUUGAGGGGUUCCCCUUUGGCUCCAUGGUCACAUACGCCUCUGACGACCAGGGCCGGCCCAUCCUCGCGAUCAGCGCACUCUCGCCACACACCGCUGAUCUGCUAGCAGACCCGCGGUGCUCGCUGCUGGUGUCGCGCAACCCGCUUGUCACCAGCGACACUGUUGUCACCAUUGUUGCACGCGCCACCCUGGUGGAGGAGAGUGAGAGGGCGGCAGUGCGAGAGGCAUACCUCAAGAGACACCCCACGGCCUUCUGGGUGGACUUUGGGGACUUCCACCUCUUGCGCGUGGAGCCUGUCCGGGUGCGCAUGACAGGCAACGUGGCAACCUUCGCAGCUGGGGCAUCUGUGUCAGAGCUAUCACCACAGGAGUAUGCAGAAGCAAUGCCCGACCGCAUCGCCCCCUUUGAGGCUCCCAUUGCUGCGCACAUGAACAGUGACCAUGAGGACGCCAUCCGAGCCAUGGUGCAUGCGGCACUGCAUGUGGAGGUACCAUCGGCCAAGAUCCUCUAUGUGGACCGCUUUGGAUUCCUGGUGGAGACGCCUCUCAAGGGGCAGCUGUCUCGAGUGCGCCUGCCCUUCCCCCGCCCCGCUGCCAGCAGAAAGGAUGUGAAGGACCUUAUAGUGGAAAUGACUCGCCAGGCGCAGGGUACCUCUGGGCAGAAGUAA